AUGGAAGAAGACCUCCAGAUUCGGGGGAAUCGCUACUCGUGGCUAUUGACGAUCUUCUACAUCUCGUACACCCUGUUUGAAUUCCUGGCUCUAAUGUGGCAAGUGAUGCCACCACACCGAUGGGCUGCGAUCACUGUCAUGUCAUGGGGAAUCGUGGCCACCUGUCAAGCGGCAGCCCAGAAUUGGCAGGGCAUGAUGGCUCUGCGUUUUUUCCUCGGAAUGACGGAGGCCGCAUUCGGUCCUGGAGUUCCAUAUUUGCUAUCUUUCUUCUACCGUCGUCAGGAGCUGGGUCUCCGAUGUGGCAUGUUUCUCUCCGCUGCCCCCCUGGCCAAUACCUUUGCGGGCGCACUGGCCUAUGGGAUUACCUCCGGCCACUCUAAACUCGCCAACUGGCGGCUGUUGUUUCUCGUGGAGGGCGUCCCCUCAUGCCUGGCCGCUUUUCUGGCCUGGUUCUUCCUGCCCGAUCACCCUUCCUCCGCCAGGUUCCUGACCGAGGAGGAAAAAGACGUCGCGCGAGCGAGAUCGAUCCAGCGCAGUGGCAAAAGCGAGCGCGUCGCCGGGAUCGAUUGGAAAGACCUGGGUCGGACGCUUCUGGAUUUGAAAGCCUGGAUCACCGCGUUGAUGUAUUUCAGCUGCAACGUUAGCUUCUCAUCGCUUCCCGUUUUCCUUCCCACAAUCCUGAAAGACAUGGGCUUUACGUCGAUCAAUGCCCAGGGUCUCACGGCGCCGCCGUACUUUGUUUCCUUUCUCUUCACCAUCGCCACCACCUGGUUGGCUGAUCGGCUCCAACAGCGCGGUCUCACGAUUACCGUUAUGUCGGUGGUUGGUGCCGUCGGGUACGUGCUCCUGGCGACUUGCACCUCGGUCGGGGUCCGAUAUCUGGGGGUAUUUUUGGCGGCGGCUGGAGUCUUCCCUUGCAUUGGGAAUAUUCUUCCUUGGGUGUUGAAUAACCAAGGCUCCGACACGCGUCGCGGAAUGGGAAUCGUCCUCCUCAAUCUCAUCGGACAAUGCGGUCCCUUCCUUGGAACGAACAUCUACCCCGAAAGGGACGGUCCGCGAUACGUCCGCGGCCAAUCCAUCUGUGCGGCCUUCAUGUUCCUUACGACCAUUCUGGCCCUGUCGUUGCGGGCUCUCCUGAUGUGGGAGAACCGACAACUGGACAAGAAACACGGGACCAAGGCACAGAGGGAGGCUAAAUUGGGAUGGAAUGAAGUUGCGACGGAGAACUAUGGGGGUGGAUUUCGGUAUGUGCUGUAG